CUUACAUAUUCCGACCAAUUGGUUUUAAUGGAUUUAUUUUAUGGCGGUCGACAUUAACACUUUUUGGGACCCACAACUAGACUGUGCAUGCACUCAACGAGCUGAGCUCACGCCCUAUUACGUUGUCUACAUCAUUCCAGCCGCCGCUUUUUUAGCUAAUUUCAGUUUUUGUGCGUCGAUUUUAAGCGCCAGAAAGUUGCGGACCUUUCCAAAUUUGCUGUUAAUAUCCGAUGCUGUGGCCGAUUUCGGACUAUGCUCCAUCAUUAUUCCUCUACGGAUUCGUUUUUGGCUCCAGGAUGACUGCUGGUCGGCGGGGCACACUUUCUGCCAGUUCUUUAUAGCUGCCAGUGAAUACUUCAACGCCACAAGUUUGGCCCAUGCCGCAGCGAUCUCAGUGGAACGACACGUCCGCCUUUUCCAUCCCAGCUUCCAUCGGAGAUGGGUCCGAUCAUUGCUCAUUCCCGCCAUAUUUUUAUGCUGGAUAUUUCCCACCCUGUUCACUUACGCAAAAUUGUUCAUUCCCUCCACAUUCGGUUUGUAUCCGUACCACUUCCAAACCAAUGAUACGUGCACGCGCCUCAUGCAGAAACCCUGCGUUUGUGUUGUCUGUUUGCAACUCGCGGUCAACGCUAUUGACGUGAUAGGGCAGAACAUUGCUCCAUUGUGCAUUACCUUCGCAAUGUAUGGGCACAUGAUUUUUGUGGCCUACCGGCGAAUACAGCUAGCGGAUGCUCUUCGACGGCGUGUCAAUAACGCCGUUUUACUGCCUGAAACUAGGUCGAAAAAAAACAUCGCCCGACGGGUGGCAGACAGCCCCGAAUUCCGUUCAAUUAGGGUGUUUGUCGUGAUCCUGUUGGUGUUGUUUGGCUGCGUGAUGCCGAGCGUUGUUAGUCAUUUUUAUCAAAUGGGACAAGGGGAGGACGGUCUGGCGACAUUGUUGCAGAAGAAGUAUCUCCUGACAUCCAGUUGCAAUGGAUCGUACGGUUACAGUGGCUUUGCAAUACCGGCGGUAAUUUGGUCCAACUCCUUAAUAAAUCCUUUAUUGUUGUUUAUGCUGAACAGAAACUACCGGAAAGGAUUUAAGAUAUUCCUGGGACGAUUCCAAUCGUGCUACUCCACGGAUGAACCAACUGGACGCACCGACAUCAGUAUUCCGAGUUCUUGCCGAUGGAAUCGCAUUAAUGUUUUAGGAGAAUUCACCGCAGUGCAAAUGUAGAGUAGAUUUCGACUGUCUAUAGACUCGUAAAUGUAGUAAUUCGAAAAGUGCAGUUCACCUAUCAAGAUUGUAUGUAGUAUAUUUUAUGCGCAUGCUCGUAAUAGCACCUUUCAGGAGUUCUGAUUUCUGUAGAGUAAAUUGUCAUGCCAAAAAUUAAAGUCAAUUUAGAUUUUAAGGGAAACGAACAGAUAAAAUUUUCA